AGGACGUCAAGACCGCCCCAAGAUCGAGCAAUGCCGUCGUCGUCACAGGCCCUAGCCCUCGUCUCGUUCGCCCUCCUGCUCAUCUGCUCCACUCCCCUCCUCGCCGAUGCGCAGCAGUCACCGGCGGCGCCGGACGUGUGCGCCGACCCUUCGUUGGACAGCGCCUGCCACAACGUCCCCAAGGCGCUGCGCCUGAAGCUGAUCGCCAUCCCGACCAUCCUCAUCUCGAGCGUGAUCGGCGUUUGCCUGCCGCUCUUCGCACGGUCGGUGCCUGCGCUCCAGCCCGACCGCAGCCUCUUCUCCAUCGUCAAGGCCUUCGCGUCGGGCGUCAUCCUCGCCACCGGCUACAUGCACGUGCUGCCGGACUCCUUCAACAACCUCACCUCGCCCUGCCUCCCCAAGAAGCCGUGGGGUGACUUCUCCUUCACCGCCUUCGUCGCCAUGCUCGCCGCCAUCUUCACGCUCAUGGUCGACUCGCUCAUGCUCACCUUCUACAACCGGAAGAAGGGCGGCGCUAGCGGCCCCAGCAGCGCUGUGGUCGCCGAUCACGAGAGCCCGGAGCAGGGAGGACACUGGCACAGUCACGGCCACGGUCAUGGCCACGGCGUGGCCGUAGCAGACGGCGCCGAGGCUGGUAAGAUGCAGCUGCGCCGAAACCGCGUCGUCGUUCAGGUGCUCGAGAUGGGCAUCGUGGUGCACUCGGUGGUGAUCGGGCUGGGCAUGGGCGCGUCGCAGAGCGUGUGCACCAUCCGGCCGCUGGUGGCGGCCAUGUGCUUCCACCAGAUGUUCGAGGGCAUGGGCCUCGGCGGCUGCAUCCUCCAGGCGGAGUAUGGCAUGAAGAUGAAGGCCGGCCUCGUCUUCUUCUUCUCCACCACCACGCCCUUCGGGAUCGCGCUCGGCCUGGCGCUCACCAAGGUCUACAAGGACAACAGCCCCACCGCGCUCAUCGUCGUCGGCCUGCUCAACGCCGCCUCGGCCGGGCUGCUGCACUACAUGGCGCUCGUGGAGCUCCUCGCCGCCGACUUCAUGGGGCCCAAGCUGCAGGGAAGCGUCAGGCUCCAGCUCAUCUGCCUCACCGCCGUCCUCCUCGGCGCUGGCGGCAUGUCCGUCAUGGCCAAGUGGGCGUGA